AUGGCUGCGGAGCUCCGGGACGUGCUGGUGCUGCUGCCUACACGGGAACGGCUGCGGCUGUCCGUGGGGGUGCAUGCCACGGGGCGCGAGCUCUUCCAGCAGGUGUGUGACCUGACCGGCAUCAGAGAAGCCCACUUCUUUGGCCUCAGCGUGGUCAGAAACAACGAGCACGUCUUCAUGGAUCUGGAGCAGAAGCUCAGCAAAUACUUCUCCAAGGACUGGAAGAGAGAGACUCGCGGAGGCGGCGGCAGGCCGGGCGCCCCCUUCGUGACCUUCCUCGGGGUGCAAUACUACGUGGAAAACGGAAGGCUCAUCAGGGACCGCGCGGCCCGGCACCUGUACUAUCGCCACCUGAAGGAGCGCGUGCUGCGCUCGCAGUGCGUCCACCGCGAGGAGGCCUACUUCCUGCUGGCCGCCUACGGGCUGCAGGCCGACCUGGGCAACCACCGCCGGGCGGCGCACGCCGGCUGCUACUUCCAGCCGCAGGCCUACUUCCCGCAGUGGAUCAUCGCCAAGAGGGGCAGCGCCUACGUCCUCAGACACGCGCCCGCCCUGCACCGCGAGCAGCGCGGCCUGAGCCCCCGGGAGGCCGAGCUGCGCUUCAUCCGGGAGGCCUGCCGGCUGGAGGACGUGCCAGUGCACUUCUUCAGGCUCUACAAGGAUAAGAAGGAGGACCAACCUACCGUCAUCCUGGGCCUGACGCUCAGAGGGGUGCAGGUCUUCCAGGAGGUGAACCGCACCCCACAACUUCUCUACGACUUCCCCUGGCCCCACAUUGAGAAGCUGGCCUUUCUGGGCGAGAAGUUCGAGCUCUGGCCCCACGGGCAGCCCGCAGGCCGCAGGCUCGUGUACCGCACGGGCUGCGCUUGGCGCUCCCGCCACCUGCUGCGCUUGCUCCGCACCAGCCACCAGCUGCACCUGGGCCUGCAGCAGGCGCGCCAGCAGCUGCAGCAGCUCGAGGAGGCGGAAGAAAAGCAGUGCUACCGGGAGUCCUAUGUCAGCGACGCACGGGACGCCGAGCAGGACGCGGAGCCGGCAGGCAAAGGGGACCGCGCGGGGGCAGGCGGGCGCCCCCCGAGUCUCCGCUCGCGCCUCUCGGCUGGCAGCCGCUGCGGCUCCUUCUCACUGGGCUUCGACGUCAACCCCCAGCGCACAGGGCCUACGGAGGCGGAGAUGUCGGUGGAUGAGCCCGAAGGGGUCGCGGGGCUCCCUGCAGAGGAGCCCCCCAGCAGCCCGAGCAGCAGCCGGAGCAGCCCUGGCACAGUCGACAGCGGCAGAGCCUCCCCGCAGCAGCCGCUGGCUGUGGUGCAGGUCACGCUGGUCAGCAUGAGGGCCCCGAGUGCUGAGGCCACCCUGCACCAGAUCCUGGAGCCCAAGGUGGCAGCUGGACACGUGGACCAGCAUAGCCGAAGCCUGGACCACACGCACCCCAAGCCCGCCCCGCGCCCAGCACCCCGUGCCCAGCUCCGUUCCUAUUCCUGCGCUCCCUCUGGGCCUUGUGCCUCUCCGUGGGAGAACCGGGAGGCAUCCCCCCACUGUGCUCAGGGCACUCUGGGGGCGGCCACUCCCCCACCCAGGGCUCCUGCGGUGUAG